CAUACGUUGCUUCAGUACGGUUUUUUUGCCGAAUUUACUUCGCGUACAAUCACGAGAUAAAAAAAAUUCGCUCACACUCAUGCAACACUGUGAAUGAGUAUGUAAGUUUUACGUUCGGAAAGAGUAUAACAACCUUCUGCUCGCUUGGUGGGAUUCGUCAGUUAACAUUCAUUCGCGGCGCGGAAAUAACCGAUCGGCUCGACAAUGUUGAUUUAUUUGACGGUGCUGGCGCUGACCUUGGCGGUUCUGUGGGUGCGUAAGCGCUAUUCAUACUGGAAGGAACGAGGAAUACCAUAUGUGGAACCGAGCUUCCCGUCCGGGAACAUCCGUGGCAUGGGCCGGAAGGAGCAUUUUUCUACGCAAAUGCAACGCUGUUACAAGGAACUUAAAGGAAAAGGCCCAGUCGGAGGAGUGUUCUUCUUCAUUAAUCCGGUGGCCCUGGCCAUGGACUUGGAUUUCAUUAAAACCGUGCUGGUGAAAGACUUUCAAUACUUCCACGAUCGAUCAAUUUACUAUAACGAAAAGGAUGACCCACUAUCGGCACAUUUGGUCGCAUUGGAGGGUACGAAGUGGAAAAAUCUGAGAGCCAAACUGACACCAACGUUCACUUCGGGAAAGAUGAAGUCGAUGUAUCCAACCAUCAUUGGAGUUGCCGAAGAGUUUCAAAAAAUGAUGGAAAGCGAAGUAGGGGGCAAUACCGAAAUCGAAAUGAAAGACGUUCUCGCUCGAUUUACAACCGAUGUGAUUGGUACAUGCGCAUUCGGAUUGGAAUGCAACAGCUUACACGACCCGGAUGCUCAGUUUAGGCGCAUGGGAAGAAAAAUAUUCGCGAUUGCUAAAGGAAGAUUCGUCAAAUUGAUAGCAGCACAGCAAUUCCGUUCGCUGGCGCGAUCGCUUCACGUAACUCUUAUCGAUAAAGAAGUUUCUGAUUUCUUCAUCGGUGCCGUGAAGGACACGAUCAAGUAUCGUGAAGAGAAUAACAUUGAAAGGAAUGAUUUUAUGAGCUUAUUGAUGAAGCUGAAGAAAGUUGACAAUUCCGAUAAUACGGGAGAGGAUUCUGAAGCUCUCACCGAUGAACAAAUCGCUGCGCAAGCAUUCGUGUUCUUCUUGGCUGGAUUCGAAACAUCAUCGACAGCGAUGUCAAACAGCUUGUACGAGCUGGCGCAAAAUUCUGAACUUCAGGAUAAAGCACGGAAAAGUGUGAUGGAUUCUAUCAAGAAACAUGGUUCUCUGACGUACGAAGCAAUUCAAGAUAUGCAGUACAUCGAUCAGUGCAUCAACGAGUCCCUGAGAAAGUAUCCCCCGGCAUCCAAUCUAACCAGGAUAGUAUCGAAAGAUUACAAGCUGCCCAAUUGUGACGUAGUCUUGCAGCAAGGUUCCACUAUAAUCGUACCGGUAUACGCCCUACACCACGAUGCCGAAUACUAUCCCAACCCGGAAAAGUACGACCCGGAUCGAUUCACAUCGGAAGAGGUGGCCAAGCGGAAUCCGUACUGUUUCCUGCCGUUCGGGGAAGGACCCCGCAAUUGUAUUGGCAUGCGAUUCGGAAUGAUGCAAGCUCGAGUUGGAUUGGCAUACCUGUUGAAGGACUUCAGCUUCACGCUGUCCAGCAAGACACCGGUUCCGCUGAAGAUAUCCCCUCACAACCCGAUUCUCACAUCGGAAGGGGGUCUGUGGUUGAAUGUAGAAAAGCUGUAAAGGGGCAUUUGUUUAACAUUAUAACUUUUGACAGUACUUACAUUUAUAUUUGUAUUGAAAGCAGACCAGUGUAUAUCCUGUAGUAGGCUUUGGAGUACUUAGGUAAUGUCU